GGCGGAGGGGGCGGCGUGCCGGCGAGAAGAGCGGCCCGGCCGGGCCGUGGGUCCUGCCGUAGCCGGGGACACGGAGCAUCGGAUCCCAGUCCGUGGGCGGGGUCCCUGCCGGAAGCUGAGCGCCCCCUCCCGGGGACCGGCGGUCUGGUCGCGGGGAUCGCUGCUGGAGCCCGAUUGGUUGGAGAGCCAGCCUUAGGGACGCCCCUCCCCCGGGACCGGGGCCCCCAGCGGAGGACUCCCGCCUUCCCUGUCAUCCCAGGGUCCCUUCCUUAGUGGCUUAUGUCCCUGGUCCGGGGCCAUGGAGACAUUGUGGCCACCACGGCGGCGCCUCUGUCCGAAGAAGGGGAGGUGACCUCCGGCCUCCAGGCUCUGGCCGUGGGAGACACCGCAGGCCCUUCGGCUGCGGCCGGUAGAGCCGAGGAAGAGGGGGAAGGAGGCCGGGAGGAGGCCGAGCGCGAGGGGUCUGGGGUCGAGGAGGUGCCGGGAGAAGCCCCCGGCGCCGAGGGGGAGGAGCGUGCCCAGGCCGACUCCGAGGACUGGUGCGUGCCCUGCAGCGAUGAGGAGGUGGAGCUGCCCGCCGAUGGGCAGUCCUGGAGGCCGCCCCCCUCCGAAAUCCAGCGGCUCUAUGAACUCCUGGCCGCCCAAGGCACCCUGGAGCUGCAGGCGGAGAUCCUGCCCCGCCGGCCGCCCACUCCCGAGGCUCAGAGUGAAGAGGAGAGAUCCGACGAGGAGCCCGAGGCCCAAGAGGAGAAAGAGGAAAAGCCGCACAUGCCCACAGAAUUUGACUUCGAUGAUGAGCCGAUGACACCAAAGGACUCCCUGAUUGACCGGAGACGCACUCCAGGAAGCUCAGCCCGGAGCCAGAAACGGGAAGCCCGCCUGGACAAAGUCCUCUCAGACAUGAAGCGACACAAGAAGCUGGAGGAGCAGAUCCUUCGUACUGGCAGGGACCUGUUCAGCCUGGACUCAGGGGACCCCAGCCCCACCAGCCCCCCACUGCGGUCCUCAGGGAGUAGUCUCUUCCCCCGGCAGCGGAAAUACUGACUGUGCUGCCUUAGGCUGCAGCGUGUGUGCCUGCUGGGGCCUUGGCCUGCCUUCCCUAACCCUGGAUGCUGGGAAACGUGGAGAGAGGAGGGAAACUCCAAAGCCCCGACACAGCACCCUGCCAGUGAGGGGGCAUGUGUGUGUUUAUGUUUUCUAUUGAAUCUGUUUGGAGACCUGGCCUGAAAUUUCUGAAUCUAAAAUAAAAAAUACAAAGUCAUCCUCUUAGAAGAGGGGCUGCAGCUGGAGCCUAA